AACUUUCUAGCUAAAUCCCAAGGGCCGCAGCAGCCACCACAACCUCAGCUCACAUUAUCCCAUCAUAAUCUUCACUCGCUCAAAUGCAAGCUGCGGCUAUAGCAGCCAUGGCAGCCCACGCUAUUCUCACAGCGACCACAUCUCACCACACUCUCCUGUCUCCACUCCCAACUAACCCAUCAACCCCAGCAAUUCUUGAAUCCUCAUUUCGUGGUGUCUCUCUCAAGCUCCCUGGCCAAUCCAUUUCCGUUGCUGCCGCUGUUCCCAAGAAGCCACUUAUUGUUUUCGCUGCUACCAAGAAAGCAGUGGCUGUCCUUAAAGGUGAUUCCAAAGUUGAAGGUGUUGUCACGUUGACCCAAGAUGAUGAUGGUCCUACAACUGUGAAUGUUCGUAUUACUGGUCUUACUCCAGGGCCUCAUGGGUUCCACCUACACGAGUUUGGUGACACAACAAAUGGAUGCAUGUCAACAGGAGCACAUUUCAAUCCUAACAAUAUGACACAUGGUGCUCCUGAGGACGAAGUACGCCAUGCGGGUGACCUGGGAAACAUAGUUGCUAAUGCUGCUGGAGUGGCAGAGGCAACAAUUGUGGACAAGCAGAUACCACUAAGUGGCCCCAAUGCUGUCAUUGGAAGAGCACUUGUCGUUCAUGAGCUUGAGGAUGAUCUUGGAAAGGGUGGACAUGAACUUAGUCUAACCACUGGCAACGCUGGUGGAAGAUUGGCAUGUGGUGUCGUCGGCUUGACUCCAAUAUAAAUCUUGUUACGAUAACAGUACUGUCCGUGCUAUUUAUCACUUGCUUUUGCCAACUUCUGUUACAUAGCCGCAUGUUACUUUCAAGGUUGAGAGUGUAAUAUGAGACAUUGAUCUUUGUCUGUUAUGAUUCCCUACGCAAUAAAAACUCAACUUGCAUGGUUUAUGAAUGUAGCAGCGAAUUUGCUUGUUGAGUUGCUAA